AUGGUGCCAAUGGAAAGAAAUGUGAGUGUGGAGAUUAUCUUUGUCCUGGUGGGCUUCACAGACUACCCUGAGCUUCAGAUCCCCCUCUUCCUAGUCUUUCUCUUCAUGUACAUCAUCACUGUAGUGGGGAACCUUGGGAUGAUAGUGCUCAUCAAUAUCGACCCCAAGUUCCACACUCCCAUGUACUUUUUCCUUAGCCACCUUUCCUUUGUUGAUUUCUGUUAUCCAACAAUUAUCAUGCCCAAGCUGCUUGAGAACUUGAUCCUGGCUGAUAAAACUAUACUUUAUUUCAGCUGCAUGCUGCAGUACUUCCUGUCCUGUGUGGCUGUGGUGGCUGAGUCCUACUUGUUAGCAGUUAUGGCCUAUGACCGCUUUGUGGCCAUCUGUAAUCCCUUGCUGUAUACUGUGGCCAUGUCACAGAGACUGUGCAUCCUGCUUGUGACUGGAUCAUAUAUCUGGAGCACAUUGGCCACCUUGAUUCUCCUCUGCUAUGCUCUGCAGCUAAAGUUCUCAAGAUUUACUGUGAUCAACCACUUCUUCUGUGAAUAUACUGCCCUCAUUGCUGUCUCUAGUUCUGAUAUACACAUCCCCAGCCUGCUACUCUUUUGUUUUGCAACCUUUAAUGAAGUGAGUACCCUACUGAUCAUUCUCACUUCUUACGUGUUCAUUUUUGUGACUGUGUUAAAAAUCAAAUCUGCUAGUGGACGUCGCAAAGCCUUCUCUACCUGUGCCUCCCACCUGACUGCCAUCACCAUUUUUCAUGGAACCAUACUUUCUCUGUACUGUGUACCUAACCCACAAAAUUCUAGGAAUGCAGUCAAAGUGGCCUCUGUCUUUUACGCAGUUGUCAACCCCUUGCUUAACCCUCUUAUCUACAGUCUGAGAAACAAGGAUGUGAAAGAGGUUUUACAGAAAGUAGUGAGCACUUCAUUGAAAUUCCCACUUCACUGA